AUGUGUCACCUCUCCCCAGAGUUCGUCGACAUCACCUGGGGUGCGGGCGGGUCCAGACCGGCAGCGACGUUGGAGGUGGUCUCGAAUGUGCAGAAGGUGCUUGCCCUCCGAGGCGAUCCGCCCAGCGAUCAAAAGUCCUGGACACCCUGUAAAGACGGCCUCCCCUCCGCCACCGCCCUCGUCCGCCACAUCCGCGCGACCCACGGUGACUAUUUCGGAAUCGGCGUUGCAGCUUACCCCGAACUCCAUCCCGAAUCCCCAACCCUGGAACGCGAUCUGUAUUACUUGAAGCAGAAAAUCGACGCGGGAGCGGAGUUUAUUGUGACGCAAUUGUUCUUUGAUGUGCCGCAGUUCCUGGAUUGGGUGAGGGAGGUGAGGAGGUAUGGUGUAGGAAUCGAGGUGCCAAUUGUGCCGGGUCUGAUGCCGAUUCAGACGUAUACAGGGUUUAGGAAGAAUGUUGUGGACGCCGGCUUGAGUGUGCCACAGUGGAUUUUGGAUGGGUUGGAGGCGGUUAAGGAGGAUGAAGCCGCUGUGAGGCAGUUUGGAGUGGAGGUUGGGGUGAAGAUGGUUAAGGAGUUGGUUGAGAGUGGGCUUGUAAGCGGGGUGCAUUUUUAUACAUUUAAUUUGGAAACGUCUACGCGGUUGAUCCUUGAGGGUACUGGACUUGUUACCUGUCCUUCCCCUUCGUCUUCUCAACAACAGCCAUCUUCUUCCGAUUCAAGCAACUCUGUGGCGUCCACGUCCACUACUCCUCCACCACCCUCUCCUUCCUCUGCGCCAAAGCAGUCGACACUGUCAGUGAUCAGGAAGGACAAACCCUGGCGGACCCACUUCUUACCUCACCGUCGCAGAGAGGAACACCAACGCCCCAUCUUCUGGGCGAACCGGCCCAAAUCCUACAUCAGUCGAACAGAUACCUGGCACCAGUUCCCCUCCGCCGCCAAUCAAUGGCAGCGCUCUUUGGACAAGUACGGAAGUCUGGAGGGGUACGGUGUUGGAAUCAAGUACCCGACCGCCGCCGAGGCGCGACUCCACUGGAGUAAGAACGGUGGUGGACAGCCAAGGCGGGUGGAGGAUCUGAGUGAAGUGUUUCAGAGGUACUGGCGGGGAGAGCUGCAGACCCUGCCCUGGUGCGAUCAUCCGUGCCGAGCUGGAGGUGGAAGUGGAGGAGAGAUGGAGAGUUAUAGGGAUAGGUUGGUGGAAUUGAAUGGGGUUGGGUGUUAUUUGGCAAUCAACUCUCAGCCGGUCGUGAAUGGUGUCAAGAGUGACGACAAGGUUCUUGGAUGGGGACCCUCCAGUGGAUACAUUUACCAGAAAGCGUUCUUGGAGUUCUUUGUUUCACCGGACCAGCUCCCAAUCCUCAUCAAUAGACUCGAGACCCACUUCCCAAACUACACCUAUAACGCCAUCAACCACUCUGGUUCCACUUUCUUCCACUCCUCUUCCCCAAAAUCCAAAUCCAGAUGUCGGUCCAAACAUACCAACGCCAACGCCGACAAGGAUGAUAAAGAGGAAGAGGAGGAGGAAGAGGAACCAAACACGGUAACAUGGGGCGUCUUCCUAAACCACGAGAUCGUCCAGCCAACAAUCGUCGAGAGAUCCAGUUUCUUGGCAUGGAAGGAUGAGGCGUUUGCGCUUUGGGACCAGUGGGCUCAGUGCUUCGAGGGCGAGACAGAGUCGGAUUCGACGAGGGAGACGAGGAAGGUGUUGGAUGAGGUGAGGGAAAAGUGGUGCUUGAUGAACAUUGUCAAUAAUGAUUAUCAUCAACCCACAGGUGUUUUUGAUCUGUUCGAAGAGGAUUUCGUCAGAGCUGCGAAGGCGAGAGAGGCUGAUGCCAAAGUAGUGGUUGCGGAAGCGUCGGGCGUGUCCCAGGUGUUGGAGACGAAGGAGGCAGCGGGGGUGGAGGAGGAGGAAGAAAGGGCUAUGAGGAGGAAGGAGGAGGAAGAAGAUGGUUCGAAUGUAUUCUCGAAUGCUCUCGCAGCUGUUGUUGUAGCAGCAGCGGCGGCUGGUAGUCAUGGUGUCUGUCAGGGGUUGGCGGUCGAGAAUGUCGCCCUUACUGAAGCCAGUUGCAGCGCAUGA